AUGUAUAGAAAGCCUUAGAAUUUAGGAUUUAAAUAAACUGAGAUUGUUGGAAUAAUUAAAAUAGUUAAAUAAUUUGAGUAAUUGAUGUAAGACGGAGGGAACGUGCAGGAUAGGGAUUUAUUUAUGAAAGAAAUGGACAAUUUGAUAUCUUAAAAUCAAUUUGGUUAGGCAGAAGUCUAGUUAACGAAAUAUAUUGAAAAAAAUGAGGCUGAUUCGGAUGCUUUUAAAAAGAGGUCCAAUUUAUACUUGAAGAACGGGAAAUAUAUACAAGCUUUGCAUGAUAUAGAGAAGGCUAUGCUUUUGGAUUCCUCAAUGCCUUGUUGUAAGAGCAGCUAUGAACAUUAUUAAAUUAAAAAGGGAUUAAUGAGAAUGAGUAAUGACAUUUGA